AUGUUGCUUCCCAACGCCCUUGCUGCUGCCGCACUUCUUUCCACCUUGGUUGCUGGGAUACCGAUUCCCAACCCUGGAUCCGUUGAACCACACUGGGCCAAACUCCAAAAUGUCGUGUUAGCCACCAAACACUCUAAGCCUCAACCAGCGGCCGACCCAGCUGUCCUGUCCCCUACGCUUGCUAAGACUCGCCAGAAUGCUGACUUAUCACAGGUUGGAAAGAACUGGGCCAAGGUCAAGAACGUCUUGACAGCUACCAAACAGUCUAAGCAUCAGCCUGCCGCGGCGCUCCCAAAGGCUCCUCUCGCCCGCCGUGUUAUACCACCUGUAAGCCCAAAGGUUAUAAAGGAGGCAGUGGAUGACAUAAAACUCAGUCCAGAGUCACGGGAAAUCUGGGAAACACUCUUCAAACUCCAGCUUGACAAGUCUAAGCCAGGAAUGUCAAGGUCACGAAAGGAUAAAUGGCUCUGGGAAAAUCAACCCAUAGAAAAGUGGCCAAAGAAUCCUUCGUUGAAAGAAUUGUUUUGGCCAUGGGGUAAAAAGAAGCCAGCAGCCAAACCAGAAAACCCGCCAGGAAGCCCGUUGGCAGCUAAGCCAGAAGCCCAGCCUAAGCCAGAAGCCCUACCAGUUGGCCCAGCUUAA